AUGGAUGCAGAACAACUGCGAAUACUGCAAUACUUUGAAAAGAGUCUGGGUUACUGGGAGAUGCUUGUGUCAGUGGUAGCCUGUGAUGAGGCAGAGACGGGAGUGGAACGUCAAAGCAGGGAAACAACUGUUGCUCAAGUCACCCCAGACGGCAACGCGGCCGAUACCCUACCACAUCCAUGGACGGGCAUAUCCUCUCUGUCGUCGCAGCUCUUUGGCCAGGCUGUGCGUUUAUGCAGAGUCUAUCGACAGGGCAUCACGAACCCUACUGGCAGGGCGAGUAGCCUCUUGACAGCCAUGCAACGCAUCGACGAAGCGAGAAACCUGGAGGAACGCAUCCUCGACCUUGAUUUUGGAUCCGCAGCGCAUCUAGGCGACACUGGUGAUACGCGAACGCCACGGUCACAUCUAGUGCUCGUGGCUGAGGCCUAUCAACUGGCUGCGCUCCUCCAGUUAUAUAUCACCUUCCCAGAUCUCGUGUCCCUGCGGCUCCCCCACGAAAGAAAUUUGAACCAAGCAGAAGACGUCCCCUGGAACAAGUGGAUAGUGCCUCUGGCUUUGCGGCUUGUUAAUGUUCUGGAGCAGAUUCCCCCCGAAUCCGGAUCGCGAAUGAUGCAGCCUUUGCUGUACAUUUGCGCAGGCGCCGGUCUACGAAGGGACUCUUCCGUUGCGAUAGACACAGCCUUUAGCGGACUUUGCAUUCUCAGGCCUGCCACGCCGUCAGGCAUGAAAGACGGACAAGUAGAUAUGAUGGCCUACGUUGAUCAAAUAGACGUGGGAGCCGACGAAGACGCUACCGACGAGCACACGCCAGGAACCGCCAUGGACGUUGAUGAGGCUCGGAACUUUAUUAAUGCUCGGCUCGACCUCUUGAAGCGUACACUUCAUCCGAACCCGAUCAUUGUCACCGCACAGUUGCUGAAGGCGGUUUGGGCGGCGUACGAUGCGGAGCCUGCCGGAAGUACAUCUGUCCAUUGGUUUGACGUGAUGGAGAAGACGGGUCUGAGGUCUUUGUUUGGUUAA